AUGUAUCGUCGAAACUUUGCAAAAGCUGCAGAGCCACUGACGGCUGAGCAGCUCGAGAAGCAAAUUGAAGAAAAAACAGCUUUGCUGAAAGGUCUUCAGGACGAGUAUGCUGAUAUUACUAAGGAUUUAACCGAGGAUCCUAAAAAGAUUGUAGACCGUCACAUUGCGGCCCUGAAAAAGUAUAAUGAAAUCAAAGACGUGGCACUAGGAUUUGCGUCCAAAAUUGCGGACCAAAAACGACAAACUAUUGCCGAAGUGCUUCAGGAAAUGGGAGCAAAUGUAACUCAGUAG